ACUCCUCAAGAGGUGGCUCAAAACAAGAAUCAAUAAUAAAAUUUUUUAGUUUCACAAUGACGUUAUUAUUUUAGACAAAAAUUAUUUAAUAUUUUCAAAAUUUAAAAGAAGUUUAUUCAGAUAUUCUUGACGAAGACAACCUCAACUUAGUGUUCGGGAGUAAUGUAUAUAAAAAAUCGUAAUAACUUGUCGCUAUCAUUGGUAAUAUAACCUCUUUUUUUAUUUUUAUUAUAAAAUUGGAGCACUCCUAAAUUAUUGCCAAAACGUAAAAUAAAAGUGAAACGAUGCCGGAACAGAGCAACGACUACCGGGUGGUAGUUUUCGGAGCCGGCGGGGUGGGAAAAAGUUCACUGGUUUUGAGAUUUGUGAAAGGGACUUUUCGGGAGAGCUACAUACCUACCAUCGAAGACACAUAUCGACAAGUCAUAAGUUGCAACAAAAAUAUAUGCACACUUCAGAUUACCGACACAACUGGUUCCCACCAGUUUCCAGCAAUGCAACGAUUAUCCAUUAGUAAGGGACAUGCCUUUAUACUCGUUUACUCAGUUUGCAGCCGCCAAAGUUUGGAAGAGCUGCGACCAAUUUUCGAUGUCAUCAGGGAACUUAAAGGACCAGAUUUAAGCCAGAUUCCAAUUAUGCUGACAGGGAAUAAGUGUGACGAAAGCGCUGAACUGAGAGAGGUGACUACAUCCGAAGGUCAAGCUCAGGCAGCAGAAUGGGGCGUCAGUUUUAUGGAGACUUCUGCGAAGACCAACCACAACGUCAAACAGUUGUUCCAAGAACUUCUUAAUUUGGAGAAGUCACGCAAUGUAAGCCUUCAAAUUGGAGGCAAAGCAAACAGCAGGGUUGCCAAAGAUAAGUGCGAUCUUAUGUAAAGUAAAUCCGGUAAAACUUGCUGGAUUUUCAAGAUAAUUUCCAUCUAUGUCUUACCGAUGAUCUUUUAUUUUUUAAAUAGUUUUGGUAUACUUUGUUUGUGAAGCGUUGUUAAAGAAGAACCUAUUUUAUUUGUAUGUUGACUUUAAUAUACAAGAUGUAUGUAACAAACAAUAAAUCACAAAUUAGAUCAAAA